AUGCAUAACCUAGGGUUCACGGCACAUAUUGUACCCGUGUAUAUUGGUGAGAGAUCUCCCACUCGUGUCCGUAGACGGAUGGUCUCCGUUGAUAUGAUCUUCAUCGGUACUGGGUCUGUCCUCGCAUACGCCUUCGACUCGGCUUUCCAGCACGUUCCUUAUGGCUGGAGAUACGUAGUGAGCUUGGGUGCGUGGCCAUGUAUCCUGCUCGGGCUCUUUCUCUUCAUGUGCUCAAUAAGUCCUCGUUAA